UCUUAUGACUGGGUCUGAAGAGACGACUCUUGGCUUUUGCAGUGCGGUGGUCUGUGGUCACCUGUGCUUUCGCUUUCCCACGGGCAGCAAGGGUGCUCUUUAGAAUCGCCAGUCUGCAUCGUUGCCUGCCGUGAGGGAUCAUGAUGCGCUUUCGCUUGUCUCCGGUUUCGGGCUCCGGGUUCUUCAUGCUCUUUCUGCUCCUGGGAGCUGUUCAGGCCUACCCAUUGAAACUUAAUUUGACAGAUUUAAAAAAUGCUACUUGCCUUUAUGCAAAAUGGGACAUGGAUUUCCAAAUAACAUAUGAAACUACAAACGACACCUAUAAAACUAUAACCAUUUCAGAUCCUUCCAGUGUGACAUAUAAUGGAAGCCGUUGUGGGGAUGACCAUAAUGGUGCCAAAAUAAUGGUACAAUUUGGAUCUGCUAUCUCUUGGACUCUGAAUUUUACCAAGGAAGUGUCUCAUUAUUUUAUUGACACCAUCUCGCUUUCCUACAACACUAAUGAUAGCACAACAUUUCCUGGUGCUGCAGCUAAAGGAAUUGUUCCAGUUACUCAUUCUGUGAGAUUCGAACUUUCAUUUGAUGUCAUCUUUAGGUGCAAUAGUUUAUUCAAUUUCAGCCAAGAAUCUGUUGUCGAGAACUAUUGGGAUAUUCACCUGCAAGCUUUUGUCCAAAAUGGUACAGUGAGUAAAAAAGAAUAUGUGUGUGAGGAAGACACCACUGAAGCACCUGUCAUUCACACCACCAUGCCAUCUCCUACUACAACAUUUAUUCCAACUUCAAAACCCACUCCUACUCCAACAGUUGGAAACUACACCGUUACUAAUGGCAAUACUACCUGUCUGCUGGCUACCAUGGGGCUGCAGCUGAAUAUCACUGAGAAGGUGCCUUUCAUUUUUAACAUUAACCCCACUACAACCAACUUCACUGGCAGCUGUCAUCCUGAAACUGCUCAACUUAGGCUGAACAACAGCCAAAUUAAGCAUCUUGACUUUAUCUUUGCUGUGAAAAAUGAAAACCGAUUCUAUCUAAAGGAAGUGAAUAUCAGCAUGUAUUUGACUAAUGGCUCAGUUUUCAGCGUUGCAAAUGACAACCUUAGCUUCUGGGAUGCCCCCUUGGGAAGUUCUUAUUUGUGCAACAGAGAACAGGUGGUUUCAGUGUCUAAAACAUUCCAGAUAAAUACCUUUAACCUAAAGGUGCAACCUUUUAAUGUGACAGAAGGAAAGUAUUCCACAGCCCAGGAGUGUUCGCUGGAUGAUGACACCAUUCUAAUACCAAUUAUAGUUGGUGCUGGUCUUUCAGGCUUGAUUAUCGUUAUAGUGAUUGCUUACCUAAUUGGCAGAAGAAAGAGUUAUGCUGGAUAUCAAACUCUGUAAAACUAAUUCACAUGUGAUCUCUGUUACAAAAUAAUAAAGCAAGUACAAGUUCAUGUAUGCAAUACUCUUGAAGGUACAUUUAGUUAUGAUUCUGCUCUUAGGUUGAGUGGUAUGGUAGAUGUCAAACUCAAACAAAGGAAUUCCAAAUACUGUCAACUACAAAUGAGUCAUAUGAUUUUGGUUUCCCUAAGAAGUUUUAAACUACUAUUGCAAAAGGCAUUUACAAAAUUAUCUGAACUACAGGUUCUGUUUCAUUGGCUAGAUUUCUGAUGAGAAUGUAUAGUGUAGGAAAAAGAGCAGGUGUUUUCUGCCUGCACGAGGUUGAUUUUGGACAUCAUGAUCUUCAGUGGAUUUGUAUUUGCUCCUUUUGCAUUGUUUGUGAUUUUUGUUUGCAGGUUUAACUUAGCUACUUUGGCGUUGCUCCGUGUUUGACCUAUUAAAGAGAUAUCACUAGAUUUGAGCAGAGCCCAGCAGUAUCAUGCUCUUGCUAGUAAAAUUCUAUCCCAUGCCUUUUGAAUACAUUUAUAUUUAAUGUGGAUGAAAGGACAAAACACAAAAGCUUUUUAAAUUUUAGAAUAGAUGUUAAUCUUUUUAUUUUAAUCUCAUUUUAAAAACUGGAUAUUUCAAUCUUUUAAAUUGCAAGACACAAAGCAAUUCCUACUGGGCAUUUCAAUCUGGUUUUAGGUGCUUUAGAGAUAAUUGCUAGGCAGUGCCAAAUGAGGGCAUUAGUGCUUUGUACCCAGAAAUUGACCUCUACAUGCAGCACUAACAUGAGUGCAGAUUUCUCUUGAACCUUCCAGUCUUCCUUGUUGGUGGCAAUGUGCUUUGUUCUUUCUUUCUUUUCCUCAAGAAGAAAUGUUAGUAUGUCUUAAAACCUAGAUAACGAAGUGCACUUAACACUCAUAAAAUAGCUUGCACCUAAUCCAGAAGUCAUGGUCUUGCCUUAGUCCAUUAACAUGCUCUUCAUUUCCAGUUGGCAUUGACUGCUACAGCGUUUACUAAUUUGGCUUUCAUGUUUAAAUGGUUCUGUGAUAAUCAAAACUUACAUUGUUACUGUUCAUUGUGGUACCUUUGUAUUAAGUUUUGUACUCAGAGAUGGCACCAAAUGUUCAUUUACUGUGUACCACCUAAUGCUUAUAUGAGAGAGCAAAUUAUUUAACCUUGAUAGUUAACACAUAAUGUAUUCUUUGUGGCUUCUAGGAGAUCUACAAUAUAUGUAUGUAUACAUGCAUACAUAUUGGUAUAGCUCAGCAAAUAUUUCUUAAAGUACUGAUCUGCAGCCAUAUAUAGAAGGGUCUUGUUAUUUGGGGAGGGCUGAUUAUAUGCCUUUCAUUCACAAGAAAAGGAAGAACUAUCUGGGUUCCAAAAUUCUGACUUUGAAUAUCUGAUAUGUAGGCAAUUGCAUGUUAGCAUGUUUAUGUCUGUAACUGUCUUUUGGGUUGUAGGAGUGGCAGAGAUUGUGUCACUUUAACUUGCUGUCUACUUAGCCUGAAAACCUUACUAGUUCAGAAUCAUAUCCCUGACUGUCUCCUAGAGCAACAGGGAACUGCAUGGCCAGGUUAAAACAUUUAAUAGAAAUGAAACAGAAAUCUGAUUUUUAAAAAAAUAUUUUUCAUUAAACUGUGUUUUAGCAUAAGCUUGUUAUUCUUAAAAGAAAUGACUAUGCUUUUAAGAACACAGAUGUUAUAUAUUUGUCACAAAUCAACAAAACAGCUUUUAAAAAAGACUAAUUGGAACAAGUGGGUGGCACUGGCUUAACGCUGUUAAUGUUUCUAAAAGUUUUUACAUUUAGAUUAUAUAUCUGAUUCAUAUUAAAAUACCUCCAAAGCACUGUUUUAUAGGAAGAUCUGACUUCAAUAAAUAUUUUUGUAUUUUACAUGGACCAGUUUAUGUACUGCUAUUUACACUAUUAUUUCCUAUAGACACACUAUCUUUUGUAUUUUGUUUUUUGUUUUGUUUUACUGGUUUUGCGCCUUGAUGGUAAUACUCUUAUUUGGUUUGCGAUGUUUUCCCACGCUUUAGCGUUUGUAUAAGAAACUGGUCCAUGUAAGUACUUUCCAUGUUUUUUCUUCAAUGUUUAAAGUGCUAGUUGAUGUACUUACUAUAUCUCUUCUCAGAUAUUUGCCUGUCUGUUUGUCCAAUAUUGCUUCUAAAUCAAUAAAGAUCCUUUUAUUUCUUAAGGAAA